AUGAGCAUGCGCCUGGGAGUGUCCAUCGUCUGCUUGCUCGUCCUGAGCAUCAACGCAUCGCCUGCCGAGCAGCCCCAAGUCCCGGAUGCACAAGUCAUCCGCCAGUAUGCCAACAGCCUCUACAAAGUGGAGCUGAUGCUGAAGGACAGUCGCGUGAAACUGCAAAACGCGCUCGACAACAACUCACUCGAGCACACCGGCGUCUUUGAUGACAUCAGAGCUUUCUUCCAAGGUGAGAGAGAAAUAACAAACUAGUCGAUAAUUGAAAUGAGACUAUUCCAGCAAUUUUGAAUCAUCGCAACUACAUCAAAUACAUUGGAAAAGGACUCGGAAAGUCUGCCCAAUUGGGCAAGCAGAUUGCCAAGAAAGGAUCGGAUCUGGAGCACACGUCGAGCGCAUUUUGGUGA